AUGGUAAUAUUAAAUUUAAAUUCUACAGUCAGAGCAGGAUGGUUUUCUCCUACGAAGAAUCUAUCUAACGAAGAUAUGUUUAAAAACGCUGUGGUCGAAUUUCAAAAUGGACACAAUCUUAGAUGCGCAACUAAAAAUGUUAUUAAAGUUGUCCGGAACAACCCUACUGAUGAUUUCGGAGGAGUACCCGAAGAGUUGAUCUCGUUUGAAAACGAUUUAAUUCUAAUAUUACAACAGGUAGUAAAUUUGUUUUCUUUUAAACAAGGAACCUCAAAUAUUCAUUUUCCCGACUACGUUUUAAAGGUUUGUUCGGCACUAUGGAGGUUUUUGGAUUAUAUCUAUAUGUACGCUUUGGUAAACAGGAAAACAUUAUUGUUAAGUAAAAUGCAUUUUAUUCUUUGUUACAAAUUGCCCCCGUAUUAUAAUAACAAUAUGAAUGCGUUCCCGGACGGAGUCGUUGUGGAUGGUUUUAUUAAAACCUUAAAUACAGAUUUGUCAAUACUGCGCGAUUCUGCAACGAAGGAAACGUUAAUUGAGAAUGACUGUUCACUUUUAAAUUUAAAUGAGAAGUUAAUACAAAACAAUGAAAAAUUUAUUGCGAACGUAUUUAAUCUUGUCAGUGUUAUCGAAAAAAAACCAUUCAUGAAGCAAAUUGACAAUAACCUAUAUCAUAAUAUUAAUAGUGAUAUUUUUCAAAAAAAUAAUUUGCAAUAUAAAUCUGUGGAUAUGCACAUAUUUAAAUCAUCAAACAAUUUCGCAAAAAAUGACAGAAAACUUGAGAAUCUCACGAAAAACUUUACAGCUGAUGUUUUAAAAGAAAAAUGCUCUUUGACAAUUACCGAAAUUAACGAAAUUCAAUUGGAUUCUCCUUUAUUGACCGACACAAUGAACCAAAUUUUGUUGUAUGUAUUCGAGAAGCUCAUAUACUUUACAUUAUAUUCUAAAGAUAACGAUUCUGGGGAAACUGAAGAAGACGUGUCGAUCACGGACCGUGAUGUAUCGAUCAUGACUGACAAAAUUUGCAAGUAUAUUCCGUUAGUUAUUAUGUAUUUGGUAUAUAACGAAAGUAAUAUUAAGAACUGGAAGAUCAUAAGCUUGUAUUUGACUUUCUGCAGUGACUAUAAAAAACACACCGAUAUUCGCUGCUCGAAUUUAUUUUACGGCACAACAGUAGACAACAUUACAUCCGAGGACAAAAUGAUUUGUGAAAGAGAAUCAGUGAACAAUAUUCAGGCGUGGACUUUGUUUACGACUACACGCAAAGAACUAAUAAAGGAUAAAUCCGUAAAAAAAACCUGUUUCAAGUCCGUCUAUGCUUUUAUAAAAGAAAGCUAUGAGAUCAUUCAGAUAUUCUACAAAGACAUAACCCUCCGCGUAUGGGUCACGGUCGAGUGGUUGACCGGGAAAUAUUUUCUUACCGAAAAUUAUAGUAACGACGACAUGAACAAAUUAAAAUUCAAAGAGAUAACCGUACGAGGCAUCACUAUGACUCUAUCAGAGGCGUACUAUUUGACAAUACCGUGGAGGAUGAGCAUAGCAGCCGUCUUGGAUUUCCAUCACAUUAUUGUGUAUCAUCUAAACUCAAUGAUGAAUAUGUACAUUUACCGGCACGCGCACAUUGUAAUUUUGUACUUAAAGAGGACCGUGUGUCAUGUUGAAAAUACAGUAUUAAAACGAAUUCACGAAAGUGUUUUGUGGCAUGAAUCCGGGACGGAAAUGUUUUACAAAUACCUCUUUUUAAUGAAAGUAAUGAUCAAAACGGCCGAAGACAAUACCGAAGACAACGCCGAAGAUUAUCGUAUUGCAAAGGAUAUAAUUACCGCUAUUUCUAAAAUAGAAAGUUUACCCAGGACAAACCGUACUGAUUGUUACAGUUUUAUCGACACGCAUAUACCUAUUCCGGAAGACGCGAAAGUAGAAUUGUCAAAUUGGUCCAAGUCGGAACUUCCCGACACUGCCAACGAACACAAUUUGUUCGACUUGGUCAUGGCAAUUAAUUGUAAAAAUGCUAUGGACUAUAUGCGUACUUUUAUUUUGAUCGUGAAUAAGUCGAUGGGCAUAACUAUCGACUCCAAUGAAAAGUAUAUAAAAAAAGUGAUCUGUUCAAAAAAUGUAUUUCAUGUUCAACCCAGUGUCGAGUCUAUAAGCGUAGCCAGAGGUUAAUACCGUAAAUUGUUGGCGAAUCAAUUAGUUUGUACAAUAUUAAUUAUUACCGUUGGUUAUAGCUUAUAAGAUAUAUAACCUAACCUUGCCAAAUAUAUCAGGGACGGCCAAACUGCGGCUCUCGUCACAGGCUCAUUGCAUCUUAUUAUAAGAUACCGAACAUUUUUACGAAAACAAAAAAACAUUUUUUUUACCAUGAAUUUAAAAAUUUUUGUAUUUAAAAUGUAUAAUAUUUUAUUAAAUUACAAUUUUCGGAAACAAUUUACAAAAAAAUACCGCGUUUUCGACACAAUAUUAUUAAUUAUUAAUUGCUAUCUUAUUUGUUGCGUGUUCAGUUUUGUUUUGUUUUUUUUUUUUUGUAAGUUGUUUGAAGUCAGGAUUAUGCGUGUUUAAAGCAGUCCUAAACAAUUCCGUUAAAUGAUCAUCCAUUAAAAUUGAACGAUGUGCCGUUUCUAUUAUUUUCAUUGCCGAGUAAGAAUACGUUGUUCCGAAAAUUCUCCACAUUUUAUUACAUAUUUUGAUACCUAUCUUAUCUUAUUUACGAUAAUCAUAUAUAUAUAUUAAUAUGAAUUUUUUUUUUCAUUUCGGCUCUUCCAUAUUCAUUAAUAUAUUGGGCGGCUCGCGAGUCUUUUCUCGCUGGCCAUCCCUGGUAC